AUGGCGGAGAGUCACGGUGGUGGUUGCUGUCCGCCGAUGGAUCUGAUGCGGUCGGAGCCGAUGCAACUCGUUCAGGUCAUUGUUCCCAUGGAAUCAGCUCAUCUCACCGUCUCUUACCUUGGUGAUCUCGGCCUCCUCCAGUUCAAAGACCUUAAUUCUGAGAAGAGCCCAUUUCAACGGACUUAUGCUGCUCAGAUAAAAAGAUGUGGAGAGAUGGCGCGAAAGAUACGUUUCUUCAAAGACCAAAUGUCAAAGGCAGGAGUUUCUCCCAAACUGAUCCUAGAGAAAGGCAUUGAUAUUGAUUUUGAUGAUGUAGAGGUAAAGCUUGACGAGCUAGAAUCUGAACUUGUCGAAAUCAAUGCUAACAAUGACAAGUUGCAGCGGUCUUAUAAUGAGCUUGUAGAGUACAAGCUCCUUCUUGACAAGGCUGGUGAGUUUUUUGCUUCAGCCCAUAGAAGUGCUACCGCCCAACAGAGUGAGAUUGAAUCACAACAAGAGGGUGAAGACACCCUGGAGUCUCCGUUGUUGCAGGAAGACAAGUCUAUUGAUGCAACAAAGCAAGUAAAGCUUGGAUUCCUCACUGGGCUAGUGCCUCGUGAAAAGUCUAUGGUUUUCGAGAGGAUCUUAUUUCGUGCAACUAGGGGUAACAUCUUCAUACGACAAUCCGUCAUUGAGGAGUCCGUCGUUGAUCCCAACUCUGGGGAGAAGGCUGAAAAAAAUGUAUUUGUUGUCUUCUAUUCUGGGGAAAGAGCAAAAAGUAAAAUUCUCAAGAUAUGUGAAGCUUUUGGGGCCAAUCGCUAUCCUUUCAGCGAAGAACUUGGCAGACAAUCUCAAAUGAUGACUGAGGUUUCAGGUCGGUUAGCAGAGCUUAAAACUACCAUAAGUGCUGGGUUGGAUCAACGCAACAUUCUUUUGGAGACCAUUGGAGAUCAGUUUGAGCAAUGGAACCACAAGGUUCGCAAAGAAAAAGCCAUAUAUCACACUUUAAACAUGCUUAGUCUUGAUGUGACUAAGAAGUGCCUUGUGGGUGAAGGCUGGAGUCCUGUCUUUGCAGCAACACAAAUUCAAGAUGCAUUGCAGCGUGCUGCGGUUGACUCCAAUUCUCAGGUUGGAUCAAUUUUGCAAGUCCUGAGGACCAAAGAGAUGCCUCCCACUUUUUUCCGCACAAACAAAUUUACUACUGCGUUCCAGGAAAUUGUUGAUGCAUAUGGUGUGGCGAAAUAUCAGGAAGCGAAUCCAACUGUAUUCACAAUUGUUACCUUCCCCUUCCUGUUUGCUGUUAUGUUUGGUGACUGGGGUCAUGGAAUCUGUAUACUGCUUGCAACCAUGUAUUUAAUACUGAGAGAAAAGAAAUUUUCCAGCCAGAAACUCGGAGAUAUUAUGGAAAUGGCUUUUGGUGGGCGUUACGUUAUUUUUAUGAUGUCACUCUUCUCAAUAUACACUGGUUUAAUCUACAACGAGUUCUUCUCCAUACCAUAUCCAUUGUUUGCUAGCUCAGCAUAUGAUUGCCGUGAUACCGCUUGCAGUGAGGCUACUACAAUUGGUCUGAUCAAAACCCGAGACACUUAUCCCUUUGGUGUGGAUCCUGUGUGGCAUGGUACCCGCAGUGAGCUUCCGUUCCUGAACUCGCUUAAGAUGAAAAUGUCAAUCCUUCUCGGAGUUGCCCAAAUGAACCUUGGAAUUAUGAUGAGCUUCUUCAAUGCAAAAUUCUUCAAAAGUGCUGUAAACAUAUGGUUCCAGUUCGUUCCCCAGAUGAUAUUCUUGAACUGUUUGUUUGGCUAUCUCUCGGUCCUGAUCAUCAUCAAGUGGUGCACUGGUUCUCAAGCGGAUUUGUAUCACGUAAUGAUCUACAUGUUCCUGAGCCCUAUGGAUGAUUUAGGAGAGAAUCAGCUUUUCCCUAACCAGAAAAUAGUACAGCUCACUUUCCUCUUUCUGGCUCUGGUUUCUGUUCCGUGGAUGCUGUUGCCGAAGCCCUUCAUCCUCAAGAAACAACACGAAGCUAGACAUGAGGGUCAGGCAUACGCACAGCUUGACGAGACAGAUGAGAGUCUUCAAGUUGAAACAAAUGGAGGAGGACACGGACACGAGGAGUUUGAGUUCAGCGAAAUUUUUGUGCACCAGCUCAUUCACACCAUUGAGUUUGUGCUUGGAGCUGUUUCCAACACUGCUUCUUAUCUUCGUCUUUGGGCCCUCAGUCUUGCCCACUCGGAGUUGUCCUCAGUCUUCUACGAGAAGGUCCUUCUUAUGGCUUGGGGUUUCAACAAUAUCUUCAUCCUGAUAAUUGGGAUCCUGGUGUUCAUAUUUGCAACCGUGGGAGUGCUUCUGGUGAUGGAGACGUUGAGCGCGUUCCUUCACGCGCUGCGUCUUCACUGGGUGGAGUACCAGAACAAGUUCUACGAAGGGGAUGGCUACAAGUUUGCUCCUUUCACUUUCACUCUCGUUGGAAACGAAGACGAGUGA